AUGUCCGGCAUUGAGAUCAUCGGUAUUGCAGCCAGUAUCAUACAGGUUGCAGACUUGGGCACUUCCCUAUCCGUCAAGUUAUUCUCCUUUUACCGACGAGUCAAAAAUGCCAACGAAACUAUACAGCUCUUGUCAAAUGAGGUCGCACUCGUCAGUGCCAUUCUGCGUGAGCUGGGUGAUAGCUUGAAAGGCGGGAAAUCAUCCGAGCUCUGCUCAGAUGAGGCAUUUCAAACGCUAGAAUGUGUUCUAGAGCAGUGUCGCGGUGUACUUCGACAAAUCGAAAAGGUUGUCGAUGUGAAUGAUCGGUCUAGCAAAAGCCGAUUACAACAGGUCACUGGGAAGUUUAAGCUCGUUCUGCUAGAACCAAGUUUAGAUCCCCUGAAAACCGACUUGGAAAGGCUCAAGUCAACAAUGCUGCUUCUGCUCAAUGUUAUUAUGUUUGCUGGGAAGGUUCGCAGCAAUGAUAUACCGAAUGACCAAGAGCAGCGUGCUUUGAUAGAGACACUGUUACAAGAGAAACAGCUUGAAAAUAAUCGUGGAAACAGUUCUCCGCCGAACUAUCAACAGGCUCAACAAAUGCUUGACUCGAAAAUGACAGACAAUGCCCCCAAAUCAGAUCCAUUCCAAGAAGGCGAGUUCGCCGAGGUGAAUGAGUAUAACGGACUCAUUCACAAAAUGCUGCACGAAAUUGAUUCCUGCAAAUCAAAGCUCGAAAACAGCCGCUGUUCAAGAAUAAGAAAAGGUGUUUUGAGUAUACAUGACAACGAAAUUAUUCGAUUCCAACUCAGUCAUGGUCAUUCUGUUCUCCAUCAAUUUGACAAAUCCCUACUGAUUGACGAGAAGGAUAACUCGGAGAGUCUAAGGACUCACAUUUCGGAUCAUAUUCCUAAAUUGAGGUCAAAGGAAGCUUCACCACAAACUGCAAACCAAGAUCGAACACAGCCUCCGACAUCAACAUCUAUCGAAACAUUGGCGGCAAAGCCAAAGAAAUGGGUUCUUGUGACCACAGAUGGCUUGAACUUCCGUCUAGUCGAUAUAUCUGACAUUCCUUCGGUUGAUACUUUACGUGCAAUGAUCUGUCAAAAUCUCGGAAUUUCCAACUGGGCUAGUGCGCAAAUCUUCCUCGCUGAACCUGGUCAACUCGAACAUGGAGAUCCCUUGAGUGAUACCAACCUGACAUAUUGUUGUCGGAUAAAAUCAGACCCCGGCGCUCCCUUGAAACUGUUUGUGCGAGGAAUCUUUUCCAAUCUUCCUCCACCCAGGCUACAUUCGCCCAUAUCAAUCUCCCGACAGGCGACGCUUGAAGCUUCCUCUGUCAAGGCAUCCCCUACCGAUAGCAUUCAGGACUCUGACAAGUUACAUCACUCUCCAAAAUCAGGCUGGCUCUCUCGCAACGAGCCUGAGCUACUCGAGAUUAAGCGGAAGCAGAAGGCACAAUAUGACCCCGGUAAGAAGAAGGCUUAUGGUAAGAAUGGUUAUAAGCACACAGAGGCUAUUGAAAACAAGGCUGGUUCAUUGGUUGCGAUGAACGAGUCCUCGGCACUCGCCAAUGCCCCUUCCCCGGGUCAAAGACCAGUGCAACGUGACUAUUCUCGGGCCCGGCUGACGGUCGAAACACGUGUCCUAGAACCUGAACUUGCCAGUAUGGACCGAACGAACAAUGCAACUGGCACACCUGUGCCUGCUCCUGUCACAUCAUCUACCAACCGAGAGGAUGCUAUGUCGGAGCCGGAUCGGUCUACUGCGCUUUGUUCUCCUGUCGCUUAUUCCCCUGCGUCGCCUACUUAUUCUCCUGCCUCACCUGUAUAUUCCCCUGUCUCGCCUGCAUAUUCUUCCACCUCACCAUCUUAUUCUCCUGCAUCGCCAUCGAGCAGACCAACAUUUGGUGAGUUUUGCAAUGAUGACUGCCUCAAUAUAGGAUAUCUUUCCUGUCGACGCUCUGUUGUUUUGAUUUCUGACCAUCGUGUUAUCUCAGAUUAUCCAUUCCAGGAAUCUAUACAAUCACGACAAAAGUCUGACGGGGAGUCUCUACCGAUUGCACUACCAGAGACCUUUGAAGACUUACUUUUGCGCUGGACCAAGCUUGGGCUGAAUGAAGUUGAAGCGCUAUGA